AUGCACAAGGCAUCACCGAUAUUCGAUGCGCCCGAAUUCCCGCCUCUCAGACGGGUCAAGCCCCUCCCGAAGCGCAGGAGAACGUCAGAAUCGAUCGCCCAUGACCACGACAGUCUAACGGUAUUAACCCAGGACGCCGCGACGAGGGAGCUCAUCGCCCAGGCCGCCUCGCUUUCGUCGCGGUACUACGUCCCGCCCAUCAUCGGCCUCGGGGACGAAGAGGCGCCCUCGAGUGGCAACGACCCUCCGCUAGACUUUGGCUUGGGAGAAGGGAGGGGCGGCGGUCACGAUGAUGACGAGCAGGGAGAUGGCGAUUAUGUGGACCAUUUGCAGCAACCGGGAAACACGAAGAAGAGAAAGGAGGAGGAAUCUCCCGACCGAGUGCUCGGGCCUGAGAGCAGGUCAGAAGCGGACACCCCAGAUCUGGUUCCGUACGCAUCGUCACCGAAGUCGCUCGAGCACAAGCAGAAGGCGAGGAUGUCCCGCGCAACUCUGGCUGGUUUGCAACAGAAGGAAGUGCUCAAGUUACGGAAACGGCAACUCGCGCCGGUGCUCAACUCGAUCGUGAAUGGCGAUCCGCUGUCGCUCGACCAGGCUCUCGUUUCGAGCUAUCCGUUCGCGAAGCUGGGCUUCGGUGCGGACGGGAAACUGGUGAAGACGCCCAAGGUCCGCUUGUCCCGGCGUGGGGUCACGCGGGAGGCGCGCGCCCUGCGUAGCUUGCCCAAGGCCCUGCCCGCGCCAGGAACGGCGCCUCCUCCCCACCUUCCUGAUGUUGACUUUACCUUCAAUUUUCGCGUCGCUUCCUCGGACCGACAGCUGGUCGUCGAGCGAGAAGUGGCCUCCUUGCAGAAACGCUUCGAGGCCGAGCUCAAACGGCAACUUGCCAAGGCCGCAGACGCUGCGAAGCAAGCCGCCGCGGCGCUCGCAGACGCAGCACGACCGAAACAACCUGGGCGCCUGCAGAAUCGUGCACGGCUCGGGAUCACCGACGGCAAGAUCGAACAGAAUGCAUCGACAGCUGACGCAUCGCUUUCUGGGGCAGGGGGCGCGAAGAAGAAGAAGAAGAAGCGGUCCGCGCUCGCCAACGCUUCCAAUCCACACCACCUCCGUAACUAUGUCCCGUCCCGGCUUCCGUCCUCAGGCACUCCGAACAACGCGCAAACGAACGCGCAGAAUUACCUUGGCCCCCCGCCACUGCGAUUCCUGUCCGCGAUGCUGCCCGAGAGGGCGAAAAGCGCGGCCGGUACCACGCCCUCUCCGGCCCCGCUCACGGAUCCCGCCGGAGAGUGGAUCUGUGCCUCGUGCGAAUACAACCUGUUCUACGGGGACGACGCCGCAUUCCGGAGGGCGCUGCGCCAGCGGAAGAAGAUCCUCCGACGAAAGAGGAGGGCUCGAGAGCGUGCCGCUGCCGCUGCGAGCGGAAACACGCGCUUGCGGUCCGAGCGUCCGCCGCCCGAGGAGGAGCUGGAGGCGCAAUUUGAGCCCGGAUACGCCGAGCAGGUCGCCGCGAUGCAACAGCAGUUCAAGUCGAAGGGGGAAAGAAACAAAGGAGAGGGCAGAGACGGGUUAGAGCACGCAGCAUCCGGCCAUCCAGGAUGAGCCGUUGAUCCUCAAGCCUCCCUGUAUUGUGUUUGCAAUGUUUUCG